AUGGCACUAACUUCUGGCAAUGAAGAACUCGCUUGGACAACGAAGCUCUGUUUGCUACUUGUAUCGUCUGGUGUGGGAAUCCUUGCUGCGCUCAUCAUCGCAAUUGCUCCGUAUUCCUGGGCCAGCUUCCGACCGAAGAAUUUCCCACCAGGUCCCAAGCCAAUUCCCUUUCUAGGAAAUCUAAAUCUGAUUCCUGCUUCAAAGUCAUUUUCACUCUUUCACCAGUGGACACAGAAGUACGGCCCUAUAAUUGGUCUCAAAUUCGGGCCAGCAAACGUUGUAGUUUUGAAUCAUUGGAAGGAUGCUCAGGAGCAAGUCGAGCCUCCCUUUGCGUUGGGUUUAAUACUAACAUCAACCCCGGUUAAUAGGCUUCUCGAGAAGCGAAGCGCAAUCUACUCAUCCCGACCCCCGAACUACAUUGCCAACGAGCUCAUCUGCAAAAGACAAACACACAUCCUCUUCACUCCCUACGGAAGCGAAUUCAAAGCUCUCCGCAAAUCCACCCAGGGCCUUUUCGCACCUCGUGAGCUCGCAGCUGUGCUCCCUGUUCAACAAGCAGAGGCCGCGCAGACCGCAUACGAUAUUCUCCGCGAACCAGGCCAGUAUUACGAGCACAUCCAGCGAUAUACCACUGCAGUGAUCCUAGCGUCUGUUUAUGGUCAAAGAGGCGAGACUUUCGAUUCCCCAAACAUUCAAGCUCUCUACGAUGUUCAGAAUCGGUUCACGGCGCUCUUGGAGCCUGGCGCUGCCCCGCCAGUUGACGGGAUUACUUUCUUGAAGCAUAUUCCCGAGUUCUUGGCUCCGUGGAAGCAGAGGGCGAGGAAGAUAAGACGUGAUCAACGCGAGAUAUACUUCAGACUUUACAACGGAACUAAAGAGCGGAUGGGUCGAGGGAUUAGGGUCGGUUGUUUCAUGGAAAGGCUCAUCGAUGACCAGGUGAAAAACAACAUGGAUGACGAACACACGGCAUAUCUUGGUGGAGUUUUUAUGGAAGCUGGAUCAGAUACAACGUCGUCUACGCUCUUGUCGUUUCUGCUUGGUAUGGUUGAAAAUCCAGUCGCACUGAAGCGCGCCCAGGAAGAUGUGGAUCGAGUCUGCGGCGUGGAACGUUCACCCACUUUGGAUGAUCUGGAAAAUCUACCGUAUAUUGAGAGCUGCAUGCAUGAGAUUCUUCGCUGGAGGCCCGUCGCAGCAGGUGGAAUUCCACACAUGCUCACGCAAGAAGACUCUUAUAAAGGCUAUCAGUUCCCCGCAGGAACCAUUUUCUUCGCUAAUACCUGGGCCAUUCACCACGAUGAGAACGAAUAUGACAACCCGGGUACUUUCAAUCCCGAUCGUUGGCUCGGAGGAAACACAUACGGAACUAAAGCCAGUAUCAAGAUGGCACCAAAUGAACAGCGUAAAACGGCUUAUGGCUGGGGCGCAGGACGAAGAAUUUGCCCUGGUCAGAAACUGGCAGAGACUUCGUUGAAAAUCAAUAUUGCAAAGCUAGUCUGGGCGUUUGAUAUCGAGCGAGAUGUAUCUGCGACUUCGCCAGACAUAUCUGUCGACACGGGUUAUGAAGGCGGAUUCUUGAUUUGUCCUAAGAAAUUUCCUCUCAAGAUCACGGCAAGGAGUGAGGCUCAUGCAGCUAUCAUUCAGCGUGAGUUUGAAGGGAUGAAGGACUUUUAUGCGCGCUUGGCUACUUAA